CAUGUGUUUUAUUUUGAUCUCACUAAAUAUUAAGUACUUAUUGUAAUAUAGCAAAUGGGAUUUAAAAUUUGACUAAUCCCCAAUGAAAUGGAAAUGCCAUUUUAAUAUUGUCUUUGCGGAUAAACGUGGGUUAAAUCUAGUCUCACUUUAGAUCGAUAGGGGGCGGUAGUGGUCUUUGGAAAUUGUUCCUCUACAUUGAAACGAAGAGUAAGACCAAUGCAGCGUUCGUGAUUUUCGAAAAGAAACUUCAACAAAGACUUAGAAAUCCACAUCACAGAUGUGGAUUAAUACACUUUCUAAAGAGGGACGUGUCCAGCAUUAGUUGUAGUCUUAGUAUGUUUUGCCCUCUCCUUAUGCAGCUAUACACCUAUUUGGUCGACAUUGUCCUUGCUGGAGUUUUUAAAUGCAGAAAACUGAAGUGAACGCAAUUGUCAAGGACACCCUGAUUUCCCAUUUUUAUCAUAGGUCACAAACGCAUCUGGAGAAGAGAAGGCUGCUUAAAAUAGCUGCUUAAUGACUGCGUGAAGAUGCAAUUGGCUCUUAGUAAAACGUUUGGCCAGAAACCAGUUAAAUUCCAAUUGGAGCAAGAUGGAGACUUUUACAUGGUUGGGUCAGAGGUUGGAAACUACCUGCGCAUGUUCAGAGGCUCUCUGUAUAAACGAUAUCCAUCUUUAUGGAGGAGGCUGGCCUCGGUGGAGGAGAGGAAGAAGAUCGUAGCAUCAUCACAUGCCACUAGUGUUACUCUGCUGAAGGCAUCAGAAUGUGAAGAGAUCUUCGAGGGUAAUGAUGAGAAAUACAAGGCAGUGUCCAUCAGCACAGAGCCCCCGGCUUACCUCAGGGAGCAGAAAGCAAAGAGGAGCAGUCAGUGGGUUCCCACACUGCCCAACAGCUCUCACCAUCUCGAUGCUGUGCCUUGCUCCACCACCAUCAACCGCAACCGAAUGGGCCGUGACAAGAAAAGGACCUUCCCUCUGUGCUUUGAUGACCACGACCCUGCAGUGAUCCAUGAGAACGCAGCCCAGGUAGAGGCGCUGGUUCCCAUUCGUCUAGACAUGGAGAUUGACGGACAGAAACUGCGAGAUGCCUUCACGUGGAACAUGAAUGAGAAACUGAUGACCCCAGAGAUGUUUGCAGAGAUUUUAUGUGAUGACCUGGACCUAAAUCCUCUGGCCUUCGUCCCCGCCAUUGCCUCAGCCAUUCGUCAGCAGAUUGAGUCCUACCCCACUGACAGCAUACUGGAAGAGCAGGCAGACCAGAGAGUUAUCAUCAAGCUGAACAUCCACGUGGGGAACAUUUCUCUGGUGGACCAGUUUGAGUGGGACAUGUCAGAGAGAGAGAACUCGCCGGAGUCAUUUGCACUGAAGCUGUGCUCUGAGCUCGGUCUGGGCGGAGAGUUUGUCACCACUAUCGCCUACAGCAUUCGCGGUCAGCUCAGCUGGCACCAGAGGACCUAUGCCUUCAGUGAGAACCCACUCCCGACAGUAGAGAUCGCCAUCCGCAACACAGGUGAUGCAGACCAGUGGUGCCCCCUGUUGGAGACCCUCACAGAUGCCGAAAUGGAGAAGAAGAUCCGAGACCAAGACAGGAACACAAGGCGCAUGAGACGACUGGCCAACACCGCUCCCUCCUGGUAGAAAGAGACAUGAAGCUGCAUCAGACAGACGGAGACUCCUGUUACUCUGAAAUAAUCAAGUAAAUACUCAGAGUUACACACACACUCGGACAGGUGGUCCGUCUACAUGGACCCCUCACUGACUGAACACAACACACACAUCCAGGCAUUCCUCCACACACAGUCUACCGUCAUCAUGUUUCAGUCAUAGCAACACUUCAAAUCUCACCAACAUCAGUGUUUGUCAUUGAAGGAGGUUUACACAAGUCACUGUCACACGCAAUAUUCACACUACACGUAUCAAGUCAACACACUUGGCAUUACAGUGACUGAGUGUAAUAUAUCUGUAUGAAUACGAUAUGGACAGCGUUUGUGUAACAUCAUCAGCGAAACUCUUUUAACAGUCAUUUCAAAUUUAUCACAUCUGUUACAGAGCUCUGUCAUUUUAUCUGUCUACCAAAGUUCCAGUUGAAAUGACAAAAUGAUCUACGAUUGAGCAGUGUAAUUUAGAUCCUGUUCUAAUUGACAUCUCGUACUGCACUAUGGGUGUUUUUCACAGCAGACAUUUUGAACACAUUGGAAAGGAGAAGCAUAGGUAGAGUGACGAACAUUAAUGUCGGCUCUGUGUCCCAGUACUGACUUAUUAAGCUACAUAGAAUGAAGUAGUUUGUAAGAUUAAUGACAGCUGUGCUUUUCCAGCCAUGACAAGUCAAAGAUCCCAUUUAGAGUGUGUGUGUGUGUGUGUGUGUGUGUGU